AACGCAUCGCCGAUUUCACAAUUUUGAGUUAAUUUUCGUUCCGUUAUGUUAAAUUAUGAAACCCCCACUUUUUUAUUUUUGUUUUUAUUCUUAAAUAUCUUCUCAAUUUGGGUUUUGGAGAGGAUUUGAUUUUCUGUCACUUUCUCGGGAAUCUAUCUUUUCUAAUCCCUUCUUUUUUGUUCAUAGCUUUGUUUGCUUAAAAUUUCAGAUCGGAGGGUUUUAUUUUUCGAAGAGGGGUUUUUUGAUGGGGUUGUUGAGUUCAUAAAUUUUGAACCCGUGAGCGUUGACCCAGUUGCAGAAUCGGAGUUUCAAGUGGCUGAAUUGUGAGAAAUUUUCAUUUUCUUUUUCUUGGGGUUUAGAUGGAGUGGAUUUCUGAGAUGAUUCGAUUCAGAAAUCCGAAAUCUGGGUCUGAUUUUUGGUGUAGUUGAUACGGUAAAAUUUCCGAUUGGAUUUGUAGUUAGUGAGAGUUUCAGAACUAUGGAUGGCGAUUCUAAGGAUGUUAAUGGCUGUAAAGAGAAGAUUAUGGACUCUGCGGCCACCGGAGAAGUUGGGGACCACAGUAACGGCGAAGAAUACAGUGAAUCGAAUGCCCUAUUGCCGCCACGGCGUGGGGGAAUGUCGAGGAAAUCAAAUAAGCCGAGGAUGAAAGUUCGGUGGAAUGAUAGUAAUGGUAAUAACCUAGCGGAGAUUUUGGAGUUUCAACCGAGUGAUGUGAGCGACUCCGGGGACGAGGAGACUGAUUCUUGCAGCUGUAUAAUUAUGUAGAUUAUUACAUCAAAUAUUAGUAUAUAAUGACGAGAACAAUGUGGUUACUUUACGACUAAACUGAUAAUAAUUGGAGAUGUUUCUGACUGUAUACCGGAUUGCUUUGCUACUAUGACAACUGGCAGAAAAGUUCUAAGAUCGGUGAUUAAUAUGUCGUUCGACCUAGCGGUUUCUGGCGAUGUGUCCCAGUGACAUCUUGUACUGUUUCGGUUUUUUUGAAUAUGUAAGAUGACCUUCCAAGUGAUAUACUAUAUGGAUGAUGCUGAUAUUGAUGAUGUUAUUAAAUCAAACAUUCAGAUUAAUUGAGCUUUUGACAGUGCAAAUCAUACAUUGUGCAAUGCCAACACUUGGAAUUUUUCAUGAA